UAAUUAAUUUUUAUAUCAAAGAGAAGUGCCACUCUAGUUUUUUGAAGUAAAAAGCGAUUUUUGAAAUAAGACUACUGGAUACAUCUCGAUUUUUACAGUGACCAUGAUAAACUGUUAGAUAUGGAAGCCACAAACUAAAUGCAAAUUAUUCAAGCCUGGCGAUGUUUUAAAUAGCAGUCGCCGUGGAAAUCAAGCUGUACCACUAACCGUUCGUUUUGUACUAGUCACUUUAUCUAGUGAUGAUUGUAAGAAAUAAAAGUUGAUUUAUUCCUAGUUUGUAGAUUAUAAUGUAAUAUAACUUGCUUUUUGUGCAACCAAAACAGACUUUACGCUUUUUCUUCCUAUGUAGAAUAUGUUAUGAAAAUGGGAUUUUUUUUUAAUGUUUGAUUUUCUAUAAAUUUGUUAUAAAUCAUUUACAAUGCACAAGAGACAUUUAUGAUACACACAAUUCUUUUUAGACAAAAUUGUUGAUUUGAAUCUUUGUUACUACGCGUUCACCUGAAGUUAAAGUGCACAAAAGGGAAAAUAUAAUUGUUUUUCUAUUUUAAAAUUAUUUUAUUCUUAGUAAUAUAUCCUUUUAUUUUAUCUUUCUAAUAGUAUUAUUAUCCAUUUAAUAGCAUUUUAUCCUUUUAAUAUUAUUUAUACUUCCAAAUUACUGCAGCAGAUGGCGUUCAAAAAUAUGUAGUAUUUUAUGGUAUUUUUUCAGAUAAAGUUGUAGUACUUUUUAAUUUCAAAGUCUGGCAACCCUGACUCUCAUGUUCUCAUCCUUGGCUAUCAAGUUUAUACAUAACGCGUUGGUUUGAUUGCUAACAUUGUGCUAUGUCCAAUGAUUUUAAAACAAAAAGGCUCUUUUUAGGGCCACCUUCGGAAAACUAUGUUGACGACACGGAACAGAACUUAGGUAAUGAAUUUAUGGAUACGGAUAAAGUAUUGAUUUUGGAAAAUAAUGUUGACGACUCGGAACAGAACUUGGUUAAUGAUCACAUGGAUACGGAUAAAGUAUUGAUUUUGGAAAAUAAUGUUGACGACUCGGAACAGAACUUGGUUAAUGAUCACAUGGAUACGGAUAAAGUAUUGAUUUUGGAAAAUAAUGUUGACGACUCGGAACAGAACUUGGUUAAUGAUCACAUGGAUAAGGAUAAAGUAUUGAUUUUGGAAAAUAAUGUUGACGACUCGGAACAGAACUUGGUUAAUGAUCACAUGGAUAAGGAUAAAAUAUUGCCUUCCGAAAAUAAUAUUGACAACAUGAACUCGCAAAAAGUGAAUAAAUUUUCCUGUGCACAUUGUGUUCAAACUUUUUCCAAAAACAGUAAUCUACGCCGGCAUGAAAGAAAUGUUCACUCUAUAAACAAUGCAACUUGCAACCAAGUUUGCGGUCUAUGCAGUUUAAAAACCCGAACAAUUAUAGAUCUCCAUAAUCAUAUAAAAACGGAACAUCCUGAAAUUAAAUUAACUUUUCAUGAUAAGGUAUUUUUUUGUCAAUCUGAUUUUGACCAGUGGAAAAGUGACAUCGAGCAGCAAACUGUCUCUUCUUUUAUCUUAAAAAACUCAUUACUAAAGGAAAAUUCAGAAACUCGGUAUUACAGAUGUCACAGAAGUGGUAUUUACAAACCUUGUGAAAUAGAAAGGAAAAGACGUUCGAAAUAUACAGGAUCUAUAAAAACUAGCAUCACUUGUCCAGCAAUGAUCACUGCUACUAAAGAAACUGUUCACGAAGCUACUCAAAUAACUGUGCAAUAUCAAUCAACUCAUGCAGGUCAUAAAUGCGAAGUAGGAAAACUUCCCUUGCAAAAAGAAGACCGUGCAACGUUGGCUAAUAUGCUUGGUGUUGGGAUACCAAUAAGUGUUGUGAUGGACAAAAUUCAAGCCAAGUUCUCGCCAACGAAGCGAUUAGGACUUACUACACGUCAGGAUAUUUACAAUGUUGCUCAAGGUUUUAAUGUUAGCAAUAUUAUGCAUAACGAUGAUGCUAUGGCAGUUGAUAUAACUGUGAAGAAAAUGAUGCAGGAAGAAAGUAAUCCUGUUCUAAUAUACAAGCCGAUCGGUGAAAAACUAAAUCAAUAUCCAGGAAUUGAAGAAGAAGAAUUUUUGCUAGGAAUAGCCACUGAAUCUCAAAUUGAGUUAAUGGAUUUUUAUGGAAAAGAGUGCAUCAUGUUAGAUGACACCCAUGGCACUAACCAGUAUGGGUUUCACCUAACUACAAUUUUAGUCCAUGAUGAAAACCACGAGGGUUUGCCAGUAGCAAUUUUCUUCUCUAAGAGAAUUGCUUCUGAGAGUUUAGAACCAUUUUUUGAUGCUAUUAAACAAAGAUUGUCAAGUUUUGUAACCCGUGUCAUGAUGACCGAUGACACAACAACAUUUUUGAAUGCCUGGGUGAAAUCUUUUAAAAACGAACCGCGACAUUUGCUAUGUUCCUGGCAUGUUAUGAAAAGUUUAAAUAAAAACCUCAACUCCAAAGUAAAAAAUGAAGUGGUUCGAGAAAACAUGAAAAAAGACAUGAAGCUGAUAAUACAUGAAUUGGAUGAAAUUACUUUUUCAAAGUUAGCUGAAAACUUUUUUGUACAAUACAAAGAGGAAGAAGCUUUUCUCAGCUAUUUUCAGGAGUAUUACAUGUCCAGAGCAGAAAAAUGGGCAUAUUGCUUUAGAAAGGGUUUAAAAAUAAAUACGAAUAUGAAGUUAGAACGGUGGCACCGCCAAAUCAAAUAUGAGGAAUCUGGCGGUGUAGUUAUGAAAAGACUGGACAAAUCCUUACAGACAGUAAUGAAGGCAAUGGCAAAAAAACUUAUCAAUAGGGUUAUCGCCAUUGAACGCGGUAAGCUGACGAAUCGCGUCAAACUUAUAAUGAAACGCCAUUUGGAAAGCACUAAAAUGGAUGCCAGUAUGUAUUCAGCUAUGCAGAUGAAUGAGGGACAAUAUAUCGUAUCAAAAGAGGAAGAUGGAAAAAUUUUUACAUAUGAAGUCGAAAAAGAGAGCAGUAGCUGUAGUUGCACUACUGCAUGCAUAGAUUGCAAUAUAUGCAUUCACACUAUGUCGUGCAGCUGUGUAGACUUUAGUAUAAGAUACGUAAUCUGCAAGCAUAUUCACUUUGUAUGCCAAAAAUUUAAAAACGUGUGUAAAAAAGUCGAAGAGGAUAUUUGCCCUAGUACAUCCGAGGAGAAUAUGCUGGUUAUUGACGAUGACGAAAUUUCUAAGAAUACUGAAAAGAACAUUAUUUUAAAGCAGAUGAAUAAAAAACCUCGGAAAGACAUGAAUGAGAAAAAAUUAGCUAUAGAACAAUAUUGCAAGGAUAUAUCUAGUGAUGCCCAAUCCAUUCAGUCAUUUGAAAAUUUACAGCAAAUUGAAGAUGGUUUAAAAAAUAUUCGUGCUCUAAUGCAAGCGUUUAACAAUUCAGAAUUGCCCACUUCUGAAGAAUGGAAAGCUAUUCCUUCCAAUAAAAAAAUAUAUCCUCAAAGGAAAUUCAAAAUUCCCAAAAGAAAACAACAACAAAAAAAAUAGAUAAAAGGAUAAAUGAACUCAGAAUUCAAUAUUUUUAACGCAAUUCCUUUCUACUAUAUGCUUAAUUUUAUUUGCAUACAUUUAAACUACUUUUAUAAUACUCAUCAUUAAACAAUUGUAUGACCUUAAUCUUAAACCUUAAUUUCUUCAAGCUUGUAUCCUGAUGAAACUCUCCCCGAAUUUUCUGCAAAUAGGCUAUUUUCUUAUGAUAGUAAAAAGAAAUGAAAUCAUUACACAAAUUUCUCAAUUUUUGAAGUAAAUAUUUUGGUUCGAAAUUUUUUAUGCAAAUUUAAUGUAGCAUUCAUGCUUAAUCUUUUUUAUUCUUGGCUUAUUUCUUGCAAUAAAUUUUUUUUUCAUUUAGCACAUAGCCUAUUACUUUCAUCUUUCAAAC